GCUUCGCAGAAAAGCAUAUCCGAAUAAAAAAGUCUACAAGUAAUGAUAAACUCAAAAACACUUUCCUAAUUUUGAAACCUAAUAAACCCUAAUUUGAAAUGGAUUCCCAAAAGCCCGCCCCAUCCUCACCCGACUCCGACCUGCCCCUCCUCGCCGCCAUCAAAGUCAAAGCUUCUUCCCCACGCUACCGCCCCUCCUCCACUCCCCACGCCACCGACACUCCCACAUCCGCCGCCCAGCGCCGCAUCGGCAUCGCCGUCGACCUCUCCGACGAGUCCGCCUUCGCCGUCAAGUGGUCCGUCCACCACUACCUCCGCCCCGGUGACGCCGUCAUCCUCCUCCACGUCCGCCCCACCUCCGUCCUCUACGGCGCCGACUGGGGCUCCGUUGACUCCGACACCGAUGAAGCCACGAAGCAGAAGCUAGAGACCGAGUUUGAUGACUUUACGACUUCUAAGGCGGCUGAUUUGUCGCAGCCGCUUGUCGAUGCGAAGAUUCCGUAUAAGAUACAUAUUGUGAAGGAUCAUGAUAUGAGGGAGAGGUUGUGUUUGGAGGUCGAGAGGUUAGGAUUGAGUGCGGUUAUUAUGGGGAGUCGAGGCUUUGGCGCGACGAAGAAUGGGGGAAAUGAGAGGUUGGGGAGUGUUAGUGAUUAUUGCGUCAGGCAUUGUGUUUGUCCGGUUGUUGUUGUUAGGUAUCCCGAUGAGAAGGAUAGAAAUGUAGGUGGUGGUGAUAAGAAGAAAGACGUGGUGGCGAAGAAUGAGGUGGAGGUCGAAAAUCGUAAUGCUGAUGAGGAUGACAAAGAGAAAAAAGGUUUAUAAUGAUAUAAUUGAUGGAACCUUGUUCUAUAGCAGAUAUGGAAAGCAGAUAGCCUAGUAGAUCUUGACUUUUGACAAGAUCGUGCAGAGAGCUGCUUUGUUUAAGGGGUGGUUCUGUGCUUGUCUCAUGUUUUAAUAGCUAGCAGCAGCGUACUGAACAUCUCCUGCUCUUGCAUGAAAACAAAACAUUGCUUAGUAUUUAUUUUGUUCUAUCUCUGGUUCUGAUAUUUGCAUCCGUAUGUGAAUUCUCUUCUGUACGGUUAUUUAUGAUUUUUAUGUAUGCUUUGUGUCCCUUCCUUUGCA